AUCCUGGUUGUCAUUCCUACACGAGAAGCUGACGAUUAAUCAUCAUUUUUAGAAUGUUUCAUGCCAUAUAUACCUCAUGGCUAUAGUAUUGUAUAAGUAAGCGAUUUACGUGAUUAUCAUUACGUAAUGGCCACGUCACGUAAACUACUUAAUUUUAGUUUGGUGCUCAAGUAGCGUGUCUAGUUGAGUUCGUGAGACUGUAUAAUGCGAACGAUAGAACUUGCUGGGACAUAGCAUGUGUAACACAAUCGAGAUACUACGGUAGUUCUGUGUAAAAUCAUAACAAAAUAAUACUAUACAGUGGCUUAAUGCAGAAUGGAUGGUACUUUCAUUGAUAUGAAUAAGGGCACAGGCGACGAAGGAUAGAGGGAGCCAAUAUAUAGUCUAGCAGUGGUUAUAGUGGUUACCUUGUGAUAGAACAUUAUUCGGAUACAAACGAUAAUCCAAGCACCAGACGCUAUUAUAACAACAGUUAAUAAUUCUGUUUCAAAACAUGGGUUGUGAUCGAAAUAGUUUUUAUCUACCGAUUUAUUCGACGGAAAAGACGGACUUGCAUGGGCUCCCCGGGGUAUUUGGUGACGGUGGGAUCGUCAGAAAGUUAAUUUGGAUAAUUGUAACCAUAGCAGCAUGGGUGAUUGUAAUUUACGAAACAGUUUUGCUUUUAAUAAGCUUUUUCCAGUACCUUCAUGUUACCAAAGUGGAUAUAGUGUAUAAACAAUCAGUGGAUUUUCCAGCUGUUACUGUCUGUAAUUUCAACAAAUACAGAGAAUCAGCAUUUACAGACGAGGAUAUCGUCAAUGUGGGCUUCUAUCUUGGAAUCCUUGACGAAGACCAUAACCUGAUUACACCGGGUCUCUACACCGAUGAGUUCGCUGCUAAAGUCAAAGCGAUCAACUGGACAGCUAUCCCCGUAGAUCCAGAAUACAACAUGACUGAUUUUGUUUAUAGAACAGGUUAUCAGAAAGAUAGUUUUAUUGUCCAGUGUAUGUGGAGAGAGGAAGAAUGUAAGGAAGAUGACUUGGUGCAUGUCUUUACUCACUUGGGAAAUUGUUACACAUUUAAUUCCUACUCAAAAGAUACAGAUAGAAAGGUAUCCUAUAUGGCUGGCUCAAGCAAUGGAUUACGAUUGAUCUUGAACGUGGAAGUUGAAGACUACACACCAACCAAUGAUCUGCUAGGUGGAGACGCCAUGGACGUUGGUGUGAAGAUCAUGCUCCAUCCACCAACAGAACCACCAUACGUCAAGGAACUUGGUUUUGUGGCGUCAGUUAACCAACAUACAUACGUUGCUAUGCGUCAUUCACAGAUAUCGACUUUACCCCAUCCGUACACGGAAUGCCAGACGGAAGAUACGGCGGGUUUUUACAGGAACUACUCUCUCCAAGGAUGCCGUAUCGAAUGCGAGACAAAAGCCGUUGAAAAAUAUUGCAACUGUCGUCUUGUUGAGCAACCGUCUAUUGAUGGCGUCCCGGUUUGUAACCCUAAUCAAACCCAUGUAUGUGCUGAAUCUAUUCUCCUUCAAGUGACUGAGAGUAAAUUACCGGAUGAUGUAUGCAAGUGUCGGUCUCCUUGUGAAGUUGAAGAUUUCCCAUUUAGUACGACCAGUGCUAAGCUGCGAGCCGACUUCAUGGAACGUCUCUUCAGGGGUACCACGUACAAUUUCACUACAGAUUACAUCGAAGACAAUGUUGCAGUUUUAUCGGUGUUCUACCAAGCUCUGAAUUAUGAGGUGGUUGACCAGAUUCCGGCAAUUAGUUUUGUUGUUUUGUUGGCGAACAUUGGUGGUAAUCUUGGAUUGUUCACAGGCGCAAGUGUUCUCACUGCUUUCCAGAUCGUUGAAUAUUUCUAUGAUGAGGGUAGUUUUCAAUACAAAAGAGUUAAAAAGAAUAAGAACAAAGUUCGUAAUUCUAGCGCCAGUAGGUUGGCAAUGAGUUCAACUGAAGCUCCAAUGCGCAUGGGCGGUGAUGUACACAGCAUUAUGGAUUACGACACACCAAACAUUGUGAGAUGACAACCAAUCAUAUCUUCGCUUUAACAUAAAAAUACAACAGUCGUUAUUGAUAGAAAAUUUCCUAUCAUGUAUAUAUAAUAUUUAUAUUUAUAGUAGGGCCUAAUACAGUUUAACUGUUAUUAAGCUAAGAUUAUAUAAGCAUAUAGUAUUUUAGUAUAUUGCAUAAAUUCAUGUCAUAUUGCUUUUAUUACACAUGAGCAAAUAGGACAACCCAGAAUCAUUGCGGUAGGCAUGAUACAUACUAAAAUAGAUUAAGUAGGCCUAUCUAAAAACAGUUAUUUAGCGCAUGUCAAUUACACCAAGUGACCUUUAAAAAGUUUCGUAGUCUCAACUGCGCAUGCCAACACCAAGGUCAAUCGACUUAAAACAAACAUACAAUGUAUACAUAACGUUUAUUACGCCUUUCAAACUACGGAAUGACUUAUCGUCAAUUUAAUGAGCACAAUUGUAAUUGACAGUUUGACAUCGCUACGCAUGGAAAAAAUAAACAGCUAAACCAAUCUUUACUAAACUAAUAAUAAAUUAAAGUAGUAUUAUGCCUAAGAUAAAUAGUGGUUUAUUUCAAAAUAUAAAAUCUAAAUCAAUACUGCUCACCAGAAAAUAUACCAGAUCAGAACACUGGAAAUUAAUACAUUUACAGGUUUAUAGGUCUAUCAUUACGUUAUAUGUAAAAUAAGCAAACAUAUAAAAACCGAGGCAAUAGGCUGCUUUCAAUCUAUCCAUCCAUCUAUUUAAUAAGUAGUCAGUCGUCCGCCCCAUUAAAUAUGAAGACCAAAAAUACGUAUUUAUUUUAAUGCUUACAAAUAUGCAAACUGUGUGCAGAAACAGUCUGCCAAUUAGCGAUUGAUUGAUUGAUUGAUUAAUUAAUUGAUUGAUUGAUUUAUCUAUUGAAUGAUCUAUUGAUUUAUCGACUGACAGUUUGGCUGACCUGCUGAUUGACUGAUCAUGUGCACUAGCAUAAAAACAUUGGAAAUCAAAUAUGACGUAACGACGAACUAACACAUUAAAAUAAUUUUUUUUGGUGGUCAAUUUCCUUGUUAUUGAUGCAAAAUUCGAUCACGUUCUUGGUUAUACUAUUGAUUGAUUGAUUGAGCGGUCGGCCGAUCGAUUUAUCUAUUGAUUGAUCGACUGACAGAUUGACUGACCAUGUAGACUAGCAUAAACACAUUGGAAAUCAAAAACGACGGACUAACACAUUAAAAUCAUUUUUGUUGGUGGUCAAUUUCCUUGUUAUUAAUGCAAAAUUCGAUCAUGUUCUUGGUUAUACUAUUAUUAAUGUGAUUACUAUGGUUAUUUGUUUAAUCAUUUUUAAUAUUAUGUACAAUAAAAUGACAUU